GUGCACCUGAUGAAGCCAGAUGCAGUCCCCAAGGCAUGCUGUGCACCCACCAAGCUGAGUGCCACCUCUGUGCUCUACUACGACAGCAGCAACAACGUCAUCCUGCGGAAGCACCGCAACAUGGUGGUCAAGGCCUGUGGCUGCCACUGAGGCCCCUCCCACCUGCUCUGCUGCAGCCGUCCCUCCCCGUCAGCGCCCUCUGCAGAGGCAGGAAACCCUGAAACCCAACCAAACCUAAGGCAGGGUUGCCAGGGAAGGCCUUCAGAACUAUGUCCCUGCCUCCUGCUCCUCUAAGCUAAUGCUUGGGUCUCUGCAGGUCCUGUGCUCCCCUCCCCUGCUGUAGAAUGGUCAGAUGGCCUUGCCUCCAACCCUGAUGAUCUGAGUCCUCAAGCAGCAGUUCAUCCCCAUCAUCUCCCCCAGAAGCAUACACUGAACAGCUCUGGGGUUUGCACAAAAGUCCUGGGUGUAUUCAUGCCUAUUACUGGCCCAGGCUGUUGGCAGAUGUGGGAUGAACUGAGAGGCACCUGGAGCCCUAGACUGGCCACCUUGGGCUCUUUCCUGUCCAGUAUAGAGUUUAGGAAUGUGGGGACAGGGUUGGGUUCAACCAUCCUUUACCUGCCUGCCUCUCGCAGGUACAAAACUGGCCAUUUCUAGAGAAUAGGGAAAAGUAUGGACUUCACCUUAGUACAUAUUUAUAUAUCUUUAUUACCAAAGCUCCGGUCACAGGCAUGUGGGGCAGCUCAAGAAAAAGCUGAGUGAAUAACAUGUUCAGGGCUGAAGCCAAUGGCAUGUAUCUUUUCCCAUCUUCCUGCCUUGAGCCUGCCGCUGCUGCCUGGAAAAAAUGUAUGAACAUCUUGCUUUGGAGAAACAGAAAAGUACUGGAGGCUUCCAGUGGACUCAUCUGUCUGCUGCCAUGUUUGCCUGUCAGGAGCUGAAGCUUGUGGGGAAGUUUCUUUUGCUGAGCAAAUAAGGUGGUUGUGCUGGGUGGUCCAUGAUGCCAAGAGCCAUCAUCUCCUCUUUCUUUCUGCACGGCAAGCAUCAAUAAUCAAUCCUGAUUCUUUCUUCUGAGUCUGAAUUUUCAAAUGAUCCCAGCACUUCAGGACUCCAAAGUCAGCAUGUGAAGUACGAAGUGUUUGCUAUCUUCUGCAAUGCACAAGUGUAACCUUGUUCGUUAGAGCAAUGUGUCUAUGACACCAGGCAGCCUGUGACCAGAUAUGGGGCAAGGCCAGCAGCUUGUCAGCAUUGCUUGUGUCCAGUUGUCAAAACGGACUGGUCACCGAGAUCUGCUUCACCCUGUGUGCCCAGCAGCCCUGUCCCGUCUCUUGCACCUAUGAGUCAAAGGAAAGGGCCCCUGUCCCAGGGGAGUGACAGCGUAAUUGGCUGGGCUGGGUGAGGAGCUUCGUCUCAGCCUCUCUUCUGUUCCCAGAAAUGCUGUUUUCCUUGGAGCAGCUGCUGGGAGUUGGAGUGUUUAUUUGAUUUUGGACCUGCUCAGCCUCUAAUUUACCUGCUGAACAGGUGGAGUCUAGCUGCCUCACCUGUGUCAUUAAGAGCAGGUCCUGGGCCCCGUCCACACCCAGCCUCAGUGGACCCACCCGUGAGCCCUGGGAUACACAUCUGUGGGGUUCAUGCGCUGUUCCCCUGCAGACAGGUCUUGGGGAGGGGAGGUGUGGCAGCAGGGGAGUGGCUGGGGCCAUGCUGCAGGACAGCAGCCCCUCCACUGGGACCAGGGAGGGCCUCCCUGUGGCAGUGCAGGGGAAGGCACCCUCCCAGUAUGCAGAGUGGGCCCAGGGGUCUGGAAGUUUCCCCAUCAGUUGAGAGACCCUUGGUGAGGGAUUUGGCUCUGGGAUAUUUAUAAGGAGACUUGACUUGACCUGGACUUGUUUUCCCUCUGUGACAUGAGGGAGUUGGACUUGGUGAUUUCCAAAGGACCCUCAGCCAGGGACGCUGUCACCCAGCCUGCACCACAAUGGGCCCAGAUGCAGCCUUAUGGCCCUGAAUGUGGAGCCUACAUGGCUGUCUCUGUCAGCUGGCAGGUAACAAAAGACCUAUUUGCUCUUCUAGUACUUUUCUAACAAUGCUUAACAUCAGGAUUAUCUUUUAGGUCAAUCAGCCAAUUAUUCUGAUAACUGAUUUUCUCACUGCUAGUGAUUUUAGUGCCCAGCCAAUGAUCUGGCAUAUCAUGGGUGGCACCAGGGACCCAGAAGUUUGUAGGCAUGGACUACACCUUAACAUAUCAAACUGCACAGCAGGAAUGGAUAGCAGUUGCCGUCCUCAUUCAGAAUAAAUGAAAAAUGAGGCAUCUGCCUAUCUUGGCAUCAGACUUCUAGUAAUUUUUGCCAUCCAGAUGGUCACAAAAGGAAAUCAAAUAGAAAAGCCCUUGAGCAGCAAGAGUUAUGAAUUCACCCAAAGCCCAUGUGUCUGACUGCAGUUGUUUGCUGAGCCAAGAGUGGCAACUGCAAUGGGCAGCCUGCCUGGCAACACCAAUGGCAGUUUCCUCUUUUGUUGCUCAGGGUCAGCCUCUUUAUCUGUCUGCACCAGCCUAAGUUAAGUAGGAAUGGUCAGUUCAUAUCCACUGACAGCUGAUAGGAAGACACGAAACUGGAAGUGCCUCACACUGAAAUACUGACCUUGGGCCAGGUCACCAGAGGAUGUGUUUAGUCUUUUUUUUUUUUUUUGGUAUCGGGAAUUGAACUCAGGACCUUGUCUUUGUCAGGCAGGCGCUUGUGCCGCUGAGCUAUAUCCCUGGCCCCAUGUUUGCAGUCUUCUAAGGUAAGCAAGUAAUGUGUUUCCUAAGACAGGAAUACAAUCAGUGUAGCAAGAGUCCAGACUUUUUUUUUUUUUUUUUUUUUGAGACAAGGUCUUGCUAUAUUGCCCAGGCUGGCCUUGAAGUAGCAGUAGUCCUCCUGCCUCAAUCUCCCAAGUGCUGGGAUUAUAGGCACCACUCUGCCCGGCAAGAGUCCAGAUGGAUUUGAAUCCAAGAUCUGCUUUUUUCUCUGGAAAGUGGGCUACUGGUUCUCCCCUCCUAUAAGUACUAUAAAUAUUAAAUGUACGCAUUUGGUAUAUCUGACAUAUACAUCCUUCACCAUCAGUACCUGUGGUCGUUAUUCCAAGAUUUGCUCACUUGGAAUCACCUCUGUGCCCGUCCAUUAAACCAAAAUAUGUUUCACAAGUGA